UUGCUGAAGUGAAAGUUAAAUAUGGAGCUGGUAUCUGCACACAGAAACAAACUUUCUCCUGCAACUCACAAAAAUAACACUGCAGCGAAAUAAAAGGGAACAACAAACACUCUGAAAUGGCGUCCCCUAGAAGUUUCCUGUCUGAAGAUCAGUUCCAGUGCUCUAUUUGUCUGGAUGUGUUCACUGAGCCAGUUUCCACUCCAUGUGGACACAACUUCUGCAAGGUCUGUAUCAGCAGAUACUGGGAUACCACUGACCUGUGCCAGUGUCCAAUGUGUAAGCAUAAGUUCUUCACGAGACCUGAGCUUCUCGUCAAUACCUUCAUUUCUGAGAUGGCUGCUCAGUUCAGGAGGUCAGUUCAAGUGGAAGCUCCCGGCAGCCCAAACCAAAGUCUUACAGAGUCUGGAGAAGUGGCCUGUGACGUCUGCACUGGGACGAAGCUCAAGGCCCUGAAGUCCUGCCUGGAGUGUCUGACCUCUUUCUGUGAAAUUCACCUGCAGCCUCAUCAGAGAGUUACAGGCAUGAAGAGACACAAGCUGAUCGACCCUGUGGAGAACCUGGAAGACAGGUUGUGUAAGAAGCACGACAGACUCCUGGAGCUGUUCUGUAGGACUGACCAGACAUGCGUGUGUCAGUUCUGUACUGAGACAGACCACAAGACUCACCACAUCGUCCCUCUAGAGGAAGAGUGUGGCGAGAGCAAGGUUCAGCUCGGGAAGACGGAUGCACAAGUGCAGCAGAUGAUCCAGGAGCGACUGCAGAAGGUUCAGAAGAUCAAACACUUAGUACAGUUUAGGAAGAGAGACACAGAGAGAGAGAUAGCGGACAGCGUGCAGAGCUUCUCUAAUCUGGUGUGCUCCAUUGAGAGAAGACAGGCUGAGGUCAUUGAAUUGGUUGAGGAGAAGCAGAAAGCAGCAGAGAUGCGGGCUGACAGGCUCAUUAAAGAGCUGGAGCAGGAAAUCACUGAGCUAAAGAGGAGACGCACUGAGCUGAAGCAGCUCUCACACACUGAGGAUCACCUCCACCUCCUCCAGAGCUCCCUAUCCCUGAGCCCCCCCACCAACACCAAGGACUGGUCUGAGAUCAGUGUUCACAGUGCGCUGUGUGCAGGGAUCAUGAGGAGAACUUUGUCUCAGCUGGAGGAGACAGUUAUCAAAGAGAUGGAGAAGUCGUGUGAUGCUGAGCUGAUGAGGAUGCAGAGGUGUGCAGUGGAUGUGACUCUAGACCCUGAUACAGCACAUCGCUGUCUCAUCCUGUCUGAGGACGGGAAACAAGUGAGAUUUGAAGAAGGACCACAGCUUCUCACUGACAACCCAAAGAGGUUUGAUUGUUUAUACUCUGUCCUGGGAAAGGAGGGUUUCUCCUCAGGGGGAUUCUACUAUGAGGUGCAGGUAAAGGGGAAGAUUGAGUGGAUUUUUGGAGUGGCCAAAGAGUCCAUCAUGAGAAAAGAACCUGCAACUAAGAGCCCUGAGGGUGGACUGUGGACUGUGUAUAUGAGAGGUAAAAAUAAGUAUCAGGCCUGCAACUAUACUCGUGUCCCCAUUUCCCUGAGAGAGAAGCUCCAGAAGGUGGGGGUGUUUGUGGAUUAUGAGGAGGGUCAGAUCUCCUUCUACAAUGUGGAGGCCAGGUCUCAUAUCUACUCUUUCACUGGCAACACCUUCACUGAGAAACUCUAUCCGUAUUUCAACCCUUGUAAUAAUUCUGAGGGUCCAAACUCAGCCCCAUUGGUCAUCUGUCCUGUCAAUCACACAGACUGAAUAAAAUGUCGUAAUUUAGCACAUUUUAUGUGCAAUUAGUUUGUAGAUUUAAUUUUAUCAUGCAAUGAUGAGUAAAUAAUCUGAUGUAUUAUAGUGUUGGUUAUGUAUGUGCUGUGUAAGAUAAUGGGGGUGUACUGUGUUGGAAUAUUGGGUGUACUGAAUCGUUUUUUUUUUUUUAUUGUCUUACUGCCAGACAACCUUAAAAGACUCAAUAAAUCCACUAAAUGCCAAAACGGACCUAUCAUCUCUGGGGAAUAUCACAGCCGAUAGUAGAGGCCUGUAUAAAACUGACCGAUCAUCUCUGGGGAAUAUCACAGCCGAUAGUAGAGGCCUGUAUAAAACUGACCUAUCAUCUCUGGGGAAUAUCACAGCCGAUAGUAGAGGCCUGUAUAAAACAAACUACUGGGCUAUACUUCCUCCUACUGUACACACCAUCUCUUCCUUCUGCUCAUCUCAUUACACUUCCCCUCUCCUUCUUUCUCUUCAUCCCCCCAUUCCAUUGUACUCCACGAGUUAAUGAGCAUUUUCUGAACCCAUUUUUGUUUUUCAGUAUACUUUCAAGCAAAUAACUAUGGACGAUUAAAGCUAAUGACACGCCUUCCCUACUAUAGGGAAGUAGGAGCAGGGAGGAGUUACGAGAUGACACUUUGCUGAAGUCAGAGUUAAAUUGAGAGCAGGAAACUGCACACGGUAAUGAACACGUUCCUGCUCUUCGCGAAGAUUGCAACACAGCUGCAGCCUGCACAGAGUCCACCUUUCAUAGAGAAAUAGAAGGCACAAGCAAACUCAAGUAAGUACUGAUCGAGUUGGAGGGAGGGUUUACCUGAACAGGUAUGGCUUAUUUCUACCAGAAUCGCUGUGCUUCCUGUUUUUCUCAGCUGUAUUCACCUGCUACGCCCUUGGCUAAAAGCCAUGAUCUCUGUCGAAAAUAUUAAAGGAAUUUUAUGAA